CAGGGCUCUUCACAGCGAAUCUGCAGUCCUCGCCAUGCUCCUGGGCGCUCUAGAGGCUGGUGGGCCCCUCUGGGGCUGGGAUGGUGAUGACGGAGACGAUGACUGGGAUGCAGCUGUACUCACCUUGCUGGCACUAGCAGUGGUGGCCACCUUAGCACUGGCUUUGCACUGGUUUGGCUCCAGGGAGGACCAGGAGACAGGAGGAUCAGCAUCCGCAGCCCCAGGCGUGCAACCUGCUCAGGCAGGAGGAGUCAGGCAGGCCUUGCACCCAAAGUCCAAGGAUAAUGAUGCCAGUGAGGGGCAGAGCAAGGGACAGAAGACACCAGAGGCUCCCGGAGAUGGCCAGAGGAGAUCUGCUGCAGCUAGGACCCAGGACCCAGAGCCAUCAAUAGACAGAAGUAUGGCUUCAGAUGUCCGGCUGCUGUAUAAGACUCCUGGAGUGGUGGCCAGCAGAGGGACCACCCCAGCAUCCCUGGGAAAGAAAAGAAAGGAGCCAGCCGGGCCAGAAACUUCCUCCCUGGGCCACCGCAAAGCAAGGGAUAUUCCUGUCCCCAUCAUGAUCCGCUUUACCCCUCGAAGUCUCGACAGCAAGACAGAGAUGCAGCUGGAGGCAACUGGAACCUAUGGUAAGGGGACAGCUGGGCAAGGCCCUGUCCACACUGAACAACAGGACACCAGCCCCUGGCACCUGCCUGGGGGGCUUCCUGGCCCUCUGGGGAGAGGCCUAGGCAGCUUUCGUCGGCGACGGCAGCCUGGUGUCAGCUCAGGAGACAGACCCUGCCGUCCUCUAAAACUGGAUCCUCUCCGCCUGGGCACUGUGGUGAGUGUGUGGGAUGCUGUGGAUAUGGCAGGUCCGGCCAACCGGGGCAUCCUCACCAGCAGUCCCCUUGCAGGUCCCUCAUCACACCACUCAGACAAGGGGCUCAAGGUUCCUCAGGAGAUGGGCCUAACUGAUGCUGUGGGUAGUCGGCCCCAGGUGGACUCCUUUGAGGAUGCGUGUGGGAAAAGCAACCUCCGCCUCCCUCCUACCUGUACUGCAGGGUCAGGGGCUAAAGGUGCUGAGAGCAAGGAGACUGGAUCUCCCACCCCUAGGGAGACUCAGGGCAUCCUGGCUAGUGAGGAAGCCAGGCCCCAGGAGAGUGGGGAAGCUGUUGUCACCAGCAACGUCAGCCCCUCCCAAGGUGCCUUACCAGAGGAUCUGCACUCUGAGGCGUGUGCCGUGGGCCAAAUGGCUGGCCAGAGCAAGAUGGAGAAACUAGGAGAGGGCCACCUCACUGGGAGAGGGAGAGGGUCGUGUCAAGACGAGGAAAAGAAGCACAUAGCUGGCAGGCCAGCUACAGACCAGAGCCUUGGGCUUAUCAUGGAUACAAGGAAGUCCACGCAUGGCUUCAGCUGUACUCCCUCCCACACCCUUCCAGCCUCUGCUCCAACACAGGACACUGAGCUGGUUCCAUCCUCUGCCAUGGAAGUGCGUCCCAGCCCCGGGUUCCUUCACUCAGUCCCCACCUCUGCUCCUUUAAACAAUCUGCCCCUGGAUGUUACCCAGGGUCCUUCUGGUGGUGACAGCCUCAGAGCAGGGUCAGCCCCCUUUCCAACCCCAACUUUAACCUCAGCAGGAGCCUCAACUUCAGCUCCAGUAGCGGUCCUAGCACCUCCCUCAGUAUCACCCCCAACCUCAGCCCCAACCCCAACUUCAACAGGAACCCCAUCUCUAACAUUACCCCCCUGCCUAGCCCCAGUUACAGCCUUAACCAUAAUCUCAACAUCAACUCCAUCUCCAACAUCACCCCCAACCCCAUCCUCAACUCCAGUCAUAGCCUUAACCCCAAUCUCAACAGCAACCCUAGCCCCAACAUCACCCCCAGCUCUAGCCUCUGGCCUAAUUGCUGCUCAAGGUCCUGCAGUAGACAGUGAGCCAAGGCCUAUGUCUACGGAAUCUAGUGUGGGCCUCUCCAAGAGCUCCCCGGGAAGACGAAUCUCAAAUAGCUGGGGCAAUUUAAUUACUAUGGUUCUUAGAAGCCACCCCUUCCCCAGGCAAGAAAAGGCCCAAGGCAGUGCCCCAAGGGCAGAUCCUGAGAGUCCUGUAGGUCUUGGACCAUCCACAUACUCUGAAGAUACACAGCCAGGGCCCUCCUCUGAAGGAGCCAUCUCCAGCCUCCAGGACAAACACAGACCAGCCUUAGUCACACCGGUAGGUUCAGGGAGCCUAGCUGAGACUAGAUGUGAAACAGAGCCAAUGAGUUUAGAUGCUAAUGCAUCUCUCGCCCCGGACCCUAGAGGGGAUGAAACCAAGCAGAAGUGUCUGGACUUGCUGCCCCCAGCUGCAGAGCCUGUGGCUACCCCUGUUCUGGCACAGCCCGGUCCUGUACCGUCUACUUCUAUGAGGCAGGAUGCUCAGCCCGUCCCUCAGCCUCGGCAGCGGAGGAGGAAACGCAGCAUAGCUCAGAGCUCUGAACACAUACUGACCCAAGAAGAACCCCAGCAGCCCCAGGGGCAGGUGCUAAAGGAGGGAGCCAGACCUACAGACAGUAGGGACAUGCUCACAGAGAAGCAGAAAGAGGCCCAAAAGCUUAUGGUUUUUCUGCAGAAGCCUGGGAGUUGGGGAGUGGUGGAGGGGCCUCAUAAGUACUGCUCACAGACCUUGAAGCCUAGCACAGCCGUGGCACUAUGGCCCCCAAAGCUCGAUCUAGGGAGCUGCUUGGAGGUUUUGGCCUUCGCCCAGCAGCAUGGAGAGCUGGGCUUAGCCCAGGAGACCUAUGUCUUGAUGAGCAACAACUUACUGCACGUUCUGGGAGACCCACACCUCUACCGGCAGCUGAGUGGAGCCGACAGGGAACGCAUCCUGAACCUGCGGACUUGCCAGGGUCAGACAGUGCUGGGGGUCCUCGUGCUGCCCAGCCUUUAUCUGGUGAGCCGUUCAGGGCUCACAAGGGGCCCUCCUAGUGAGGAAGGUCCCACCACCAGGUCUGAGCAUCUUCACACAUACCUCCAUGUGUUCAACCCACAAGAGAAUGUGUGGCGGCCCCUGACUCAAGUACCAGAGGAGGUCCCCCUUCGGGGAUGUGGCCUCUGCACUAUGCAUAACUAUCUGUUUCUGGCAGGUGGUAUCAGGGGUUCUGGUGCCAAGGCUGUCUGCUCCAACAAGGUAUUCUGCUACAAUCCUCUGACCAACAUUUGGAGCCAGGUUCGGCCCAUGCAGCAAGCCCGGGCCCAGCUCAAGCUGGUAGCCCUGGAUGGGAUGCUUUAUGCCAUUGGUGGUGAAUGCCUCUACAGCAUGGAGCGCUAUGACCCACGCACAGACACCUGGACCUUGAGAGCAUCCCUCCCUGAGGGCACCUUCCCUGUGGCCCACGAGGCUGUGGUCUGCCGAGGAGAAAUCUAUGUCACAGGGGGUCAUCUCUUUUACCGCCUGCUCAGGUACAGCCCUGUCAAAGACUCAUGGGAUGAGUGCCCUUACAGUGCCAGCCAUCGACGCUCCAGUGAUAUGGUGGCACUAGGGGGCUUCCUAUACCGGUUUGACUUGUUGCGGGGUGUAGGUGCUGCAGUGAUGCGCUACAACACAGUGACAGGCUCCUGGAGCCGGGCAGCCUCCCUGCCACUGCCUGACCCCGCCCCACUCCACUGCACAGUAUUGGGCAACACCAUUUACUGUCUCAACCACCAGGUUACAGCUACCUUCACGGUCUCAGAGGGGACUGCCCUGUUUCAGGCCAAGGAGCUGCAGCCCUUCCCACUGGGAAGUAAAGGGGUCCUCUAUCCAUUCACUCUGACUCUGCCCCCUAAGACCUGGUUGCAGACCACAAUCUGAGUGCUGGGAAACAAGCAGAACUGUGCGGCUGCUGCUGUGGGGACACCCUGCUCUGGGCGGGUCUGAGUGGACCUGGGGUGUGGGGAAAAGCCUAUGGUCAGAACUUCCUGUUCUUAUACCCAAAGCUUUCCCCAUCAGGUUAAGUACUGUUACUUAUGUUUGAAGUGAGAUCCCUUCUACGUCUCUCCUCUUGGACCCCCGGCUUCCCCAAUCCCUCUUGGGUCCCACUACACCUUGCUUGUUUUGGCCCAGGCCCUCCCUCACCCGCUUAGGAUGUCUUAGUUUUAUCAAAACCACUUCUGCUUGUGGGAUCCUUUGGUACUCAGUAGAAACAUUUCAACUUCCUACGUUCCCUCAAGAUAGAAGAAGAAGCAAAGAGCUCCUCAGGAAAUGUCCUCAUUCUGGGAUUUUUGCUAUCCUGAGGCUUGACUCUCCUCCCGGGUCUGAGUACCACUUGAAUAUCCUAUCUCCUGACUGGAUAAUCACUCUACAGCCCACAAUCCCAGCCCAGACUGGCCCAGGACCACUGGGCACCUUGUGAGUCUCCCUUCAGCUUCUCCCACAUGGCUCUUACAAGCUCUCCUCUAGAUGAGCCCCGUGUUUUACUCUAGUUAUACUUUUUUGUUACUGGUGUGAACCAAUACAAAGCAUUUAACCCUGUCUGGACACCUGUCAUUCAGGAGAGCCAUGGGUACAGGAUCACCAAUGGCCAUCUGGCUUGGUACCUGGGACAGUCAAAGUGACAUCCUUUCAUCCACCGAAGGCCCACAUUAGGCAGGUAAAUAAAUCUGAGUACUGUUGCUUGUCCUGACUUCAACCUGAUUUAUCUCAAGUGGGCCAUUUUU